AUGUCCCAAGAAGAUGUGUUCCAGGACCGUCAGAGCUACUAUAAAGGGAGAGCAAAGAUAUACUUGCGCCAUUUCCAAAUUAAUGAUUCGGGUCCUCGAACUAUUCGAGAUUCGCAUGUGGACCGGCUGGACAGAGUCUUUCAGUCGGAGGGGCUUUCUCGCCUGAACCCUGAGAAUUAUGUGAAGGUCUCAAUAAGCAAUGAUGUUCUUCAGCAAGCUCUGGCUACCCAGGAUGAAAAUGAGGCCUUCCUAACCGGCCCAUUGCACUUUUUAAACCUCCCAGAUGAAGUGCGGCUGAAUAUUCUGCAUGGGAACCACCGAGUUCUGGCUGCAAUCAGGAGAUCUGCACGAUGGUGGGUGGCUGAAUUUUAUAGUGAUGGUAAGACUUUCUAUCUCACUUUAUUAUCUACAAUCGCUCAUAUCACGAAGAUAUGA